CGCAUGCGGAACAAGCACCGGUGCCGGUACUAUCACGUGGUCCUACUUGCCGUGCUCUCCCACACGCCGGGCUACUAUUUCUACCCCCGCCCCUCGCGUCAUCCAAGGCACAGCGACAACGUCUCCUCCAAACCUUGAGCAGAGCAAAGUCCUCAUCGAGAGCUGAGCUAUCUGCGAGCAACGAGAGAUUGCUCUGAAGCGUGCAUGGCGAGCUCCGAGGGUUCCAGCGCCCCGCGGCCCGUGCCGGGCGCAUACGGGCUGCCGGUGAUCGGUGCCGUGCGCGACCGCCUCGACUUCUACUACUUCCAGGGUCAGGACAAGUACUUCGAGUCUCGCGUCGAGAAGUAUGGCUCCACCGUCGUCCGCAUUAACGUCCCGCCGGGUCCCUUCAUGGCGCGAGACCCGCGCGUGGUCGCGGUCCUCGACGCCAAGAGCUUCCCCGUCCUCUUCGACGUCACCAAGGUCGAGAAGAAGAACCUCUUCACGGGCACCUACAUGCCCUCCACCUCCCUCACCGGCGGCUACCGCGUCUGCUCCUACCUCGACCCGUCCGAGCCCACCCACGCCAAGGUCAAGCAGAUGCUCUUCUCCCUCCUGCUUUCCCGCAAGGACGCCGUCAUCCCGGCCUUCCGCUCCAACUUCUCCUCGCUCCUCGCCACCGUCGAGUCGCAGCUCGCGCAGGGCGGCAAGGCCGAGUUCAACAAGCUCAACGACGUCACCUCGUUUGACUUCAUUGGCGACGCCUACUUCGGCGUGCGCCCCUCAGCGACCGAACUCGGCGCCGGCGGGCCGACCAAGGCGGCCAAGUGGCUGAUCUGGCAGCUCCACCCCCUCGUCACGCUCGGCCUUCCCAUGAUCCUUGAGGAGCCGCUCCUCCACACGUUUCCCCUCCCGCCCUUCCUCGUCAAAGGCGACUACAAGGCGCUGUACAAGUACUUCUCGACCGCCGGGAAGCAUGUACUCGACACCGCCGAGAGCCUCGGCCUGUCGCGGGAGGAGGCCUGCCACAACCUGCUGUUCGCGACGACGUUCAACAGCUACGGCGGCCUGAAGGUGCUUUUCCCGGGGGUCCUGGCGAACGUCGCCAACGCCGGCCAGAAGCUCCACGAGAAGCUCGUGGCGGAGAUCCGCACCGCCGUGGAGGAAGCCGGCGGCAAGGUCACUCUCGCGGCGCUGGAGAAGAUGGAGCUGACCAAGUCCGUGGUGUGGGAGGCGCUGCGUCUGGACCCGCCCGUGAAGUUCCAGUACGGGCACGCCAAGACCGACCUGCAGAUCGAGAGCCACGACGCGGUGUUCCAGGUCAAGAAGGGCGAGAUGCUGUUCGGCUACCAGCCGCUGGCCACCAAGGACAACCGCGUGUUCGGACCCACGGCGAAGGAGUUCGUGCCCGACCGGUUCGUCGGCGAAGAGGGCAGCAAGCUGCUGAAGUACGUGUACUGGUCCAACGGCCGUGAGACCGAGAACCCAAGCGUUGACAACAAGCAGUGCCCGGGCAAGAACUUCGUGGUGCUCGUCGGCAGGCUCUUCCUCGUCGAGCUGUUCCUCCGUUACGACACCUUCACCGCCAAGGUUGGCACAGAACUGCUCGGCACCAGUGUGGUCUUCACCGGCGUGACGAAAGCUACUUCCGGUCCUGGUUCUAUGUAAUACCGGAAAUCCCUGCACCCCGCUGGUAUUUGCCGUACGUGCAUGGAUAAGAUUAUAUUGGAUGGUUUACCUUGCCCCCCGGCCCCUGUGCAAUAAGAUUUCUCCUCUUCUCGUGU